UUUUAGCCAUCUCUUGAGCCGACGGGUCCGUGGUAGAUCCUUCCAUAAAUAUCUGCUAGUUAAUCUGUUACGAACGGUUAUAAAACGGCUUCAAGAAAAGAAAAGAAAAGUCUUGUAUGUCUGAUUGGGCAGAAAACGUUGAACUGGUGUAGUCACGGCCAGUGGGUGGUGAAUGCCUGACGAGGGAUUCGUUAGCUAGCUAGCUAGUUAGAUAGAUAACGUUAGUCGCAUUCUGCCAUGACAUCACUGGCAGGGUUCGUGGUGCCGCAGGGCUCUCCUCCAUUGCCGCCGUACAGACAUUUUCGGGAGGUGUUGAGUCUAGCAUGUCGACUUCACCUCCACAAGAAGAGCCCAGACAAACAGCCAUAUAGCAAGCUUCCAGGAGUGUCUCUUCUGAAGCCCCUGAAGGGUGUGGACCCCAACCUACUUAGUAACUUGGAGACCUUCUUUGAGCUUGACUACCCCAAGUAUGAAAUUCUGCUUUGCGUGCAAGAUGAUGAUGACCCUGCUAUCAAUGUGUGUAAAAGACUUCUUGGAAAAUAUCCUAAUGUGGAUGCCAGGCUGUUUGUUGGUGGAAAGAAAGUUGGCAUCAAUCCCAAGAUAAACAACUUAAUGCCGGGCUAUGUGGUGGCCAAGUAUGACCUCGUCUGGAUUUGUGACAGCGGAAUACGUGUGAAACAGGACACCCUCACCGAUAUGGCCAGUCAGAUGACAGAGAAGGUGGGGCUUGUUCACGGCCUGCCGUAUGUGGCCGACAGGCAAGGCUUCGCUGCCACCCUGGAGCAGGUAUACUUCGGGACGUCCCACCCCCGCUCCUACAUCUCUGCGAAUGUGACAGGGUUCAAAUGCGUGACGGGAAUGUCCUGCCUCAUGAGGAAAGAUGUUCUGGACCAGGCUGGCGGCCUCAUCGCAUUCGCCCAGUACAUCGCUGAGGACUACUUCAUGGCCAAAGCCAUCGCAGACAGGGGCUGGAAAUUUGCCAUGGCAACGCAGGUGGCACUGCAGAAUUCGGGUUCCUGUUCCAUCACACAAUUUCAGUCACGGAUGAUCAGGUGGGCCAAGCUCCGGAUUAACAUGCUCCCCGGCACCAUCUGCGAGCCCAUCGCAGAGUGCUUCGUGGCGAGCCUCAUCAUCGGCUGGGCGGCGCAUCACCUCUUCCACUGGGAUGUUAUGGUCUUCUUCCUGUGCCACUGUCUGGCCUGGUUCAUCGCAGACUACAUCCAGCUGCAAGGCAUCCAGGGGGGUCCGCUUUCCUUCUCCAAGCUGGAUUAUGCCGUUGCCUGGUUCAUCAGGGAGUCUAUGGCCAUCCAGAUCUUCCUGUCUGCCCUGUGGGACCCCACUGUGCGAUGGAGGACAGGCCGGUACCGCUUGCACUGUGGAGGGACCGCGGAAGAGAUCCUGGAUGUGUGACUGUGAGAAGCUGAGUACAGCUUUACAAAAAAAAAAAUAAUAAAUCGAAAAAAAGGAAAGAAGCUACUGAACAGCAAAGUGUGGAGACCAGGGAUGAAAAUGAGACAGAUAGAGACUUGGCCCUUGGCAUUUUUAUUAUUAUUAUUUUUUAAAGAUAUUACCUUUUCCCCCCUUAUGUGACUCAUGAUUUCCUUUGAGAGAACUUUCUAACCCAUUGAAGAGAGACAGUAUCAUAAGGUGCGUGUGUGUUAGCCAGAUGAGAAAUGGGCAGUAGUUAUGUGAAUAUUCAGACAUGAGUUAGAGAUUAUAAUGAACAUUUUGGCCUAGGAUUUCAGAAGAUGAUGUGAAAUACUUAUACCAGAACAGUCAUUCCAAAGGGCUUAAGAAGACACUGGAGAACAAGCAGUGCUUUAGACACAUGGUUAUCGGGUAGAACCAACCAACCACGAUAUGAGUUAUCACAGGUCAAUGACCUUUUUUAUUUUGAUUUUAUUAAUUUAUGUAUUUAUUUUGUGUUUCCCAUUGCAUAAUUUGAUACUUCUUUUUAGACAUAGAUGUAUUACAGUUCUUGAAGCAGUUAGGAUUGAAAUGUGUGUGUGUGUGUGUGUGUGUGUGUGUGUGUGUGUGUGUGUGUGAGAAAAUGUAAAAUGUAUGAAAAUAUUGCAUAUGGAAUUUUGCCCUCACAUACAUUCAAGGUCCUAGUCUUUUUGGUUUUUUUUGUGUACAUGAUAUAGCAGCAAGACUUUGGAUUUUUAUUUACAAUGAGUGGGCAUUAACCUCACUGUUUAUGUACAGUCCUUAUGUAAGUAGUUUCUUACCUUUAACAUGACGUGUUUCAUCGGUUCAUGUAAAUAACAAAAUGAUUCUUCAAGGACAUGAGCACAUUCUUGCUGUCUCCUGGAGGCAUAAAUCCACUGUUUUUAUGCUGAAGUGUAACGUAAAGCGCAUCGUAACAUUCAGUUUUCGUUGCUGCCAAUCAUUUUGAUUUUUGUCAGGUGUUGUGUCCUAGUUGGACUUUUAUUUAAUCUCUUAACCAUAAUAUUUAAAAAAUGUGUAGUUAAUAACCUGCGUAUCUGAAGAGCCUGUCCCUGAAUAUGAGGAACACUUCAUGAGCAUGCAAACUUAAUGCAGUCAGACUCUCGGCCCCUAAGCUAUGAAGAGAUUGUGACGACCUCUGAGCUGCUGUGGUGACAAGUGGUUUGUAAAUAGGGAAUAGCACCAAUAGGAAACAUAAAGUGUGUUUGUGUGUGUGAGUGCGUGCGUGUGUGUGUGUGUGUGUGUGUGUGUGUGUGUGUGUGUUUUUGGGGGGGUUGGCCUACAAUACAAAAUUAUAAGUGCUUAACCUAAAUCUGUACAAUGUGUCGCGGCUGAAAUCCCAGUUAUAUUGGUGAGCCGAGAAAGACUGAGUUAUAAAGGAAGCAGAUCUCCACGCGUCCAAAGCGGCGGGAAUGGAGAUGCCCCCGCAGAGAGCCCUAAAUACGCGGAGACCGUGCAGCGGGUCUCUUAAAAACACAUUUUGAUCAACUAUUUUGAAUCCACCUGUUUGUGGCAUUAUCAUUAACAAAGGCAAGGCGGUACACCAUUAAACCAGAACUGCAGUCUGCUUUUAGAAGAGAACCAUCAAGAACUUUUAGGGGGGGUGGGUGGCUAAUGCUAUAUGCUCAAUGGCUUAUUUUUCACAUGUACUUUUACAUAAGAACAUAAGAACUAUACAAACAAGAGGAGGCCAUUCGGCCCAUCGAGCUCGUUUGGGGAGAACUUAACUAAUAGCUCAGAGUUGUUAAAAUCUUAUCUAGCUCUGAUUUAAAGGAACCCAAGGAUUCAGCUUGCACUAUGUUAUCAGGAAGACUAUUCCAUACUCUGACUACACGCUGUGUAAAGAAGUGCUUCCUUAAAUCCAGUUUGAAAUAUUCUCCCACUCAAGGAAGUCAACCACACUGAUCAAGAGUAGGACUUAUUUACAGUUUGAGAAAUGUUGUAUAGGACUUGCGUAAAUUCUUCUGCCUAUCAGAUGCAAAAUAUGCUGUUAUUUGGGGGUUACUGGAUGUAUGCCAUACAAAUUACUCAUAUAAUCAUAAUCACAAUCAUGCGAGAGCUGCCAAGUUAAUUUCACAUUGUUUUUUUUAAACAUUUCAUUAUUUAGCCAUGUGCUGCACCUUGUUAAAGGGCACAGGUGUUACAAGUGUUAAUGUUCUAUGAAGUGGAGUCACGAUCCAUGAAGAACUUUGGGUAUAUAAUGUAGGGUAAAUUUAAGAUUUAUUAGAAAAAAAUAACUGAAACAUGGAUACAAGUCAAUGUAAAAAUCUUCAGAAUCUCAAAAUGUAAUUACUGCAUUUGUUGUGCUGUGGCACAUUACAAUCCCAGGAUUAAAGACUAUACACAUUG